UCUUCUCCAGUCCCCCGAUAUGGAAAUGCUGCGCUUAUCUCAGCCUGAUCAACAAUACUCUGCUCUGUAAUUUCUUCUUCUUCUUCUCUAGAUUCCCGUAAUGUUCCCACUCUGUUCCAGAUUUAAGCUCAAAAGGUAACUGCUUUCUACCAUAACUUUCCCAUAUCCCUUUCCACUUUACUGCAAUUUAGGUCUCCUUCUUUUCUUUCCUCUGCCCGUCCAUUCAUUCAUUCACUUUCUCUUCUCUUUCUUUCUCUCGUUACUUGCAAUUCUGGGUUUAAGAUGUAAUACCGGUAACUGUUUUCUCUGAUCGAUCGUUGCUUAAUUAAUAAUGGAGAAUUCCACGGCACCCAUUGGCUCAAAAGGCCUAAUCAAGAAGCAUGAAUUUGUCAGACUCAUUCUUCAAUCUCUCUACACGUUGGGCUACAGAAAAUCUGCAGAUAAGUUGGAAUUGGAAUCAGGCAUUUCAUCCAAAUCUAAGGAGUUUGGAUUGCUUGAAUCCUACAUUCUUACUGCUAAUUGGGAUGCUUGUAUAGAUAUUAUUUGUGGACUUCAACGAAUAACUGAUGAAACACGUGCUUCAGCUUGCUUUCUUAUAUUGAAACAAUGGCUGCUAGAAUUUUCUAUUAAAAGAGAUUAUUCUUCUGCUAUAUCGGUUCUACGCAAAAAUAUCUCAACUUUGCAUGUGGGUAAAGAGAAUGUUCGUAGUCUUGCAUUUGAGGUGUUAUCUGGGAAGGAUACUCAGUUGGGAGAGAUUAAUCACGAUUUUAUUCUUCAACUGAGGAAAACUCUUUUGAAUGAUAUGGAAAAGUUGCUUCCUCCACCCAUUACAGUUCCGGAAAGAAGAUUGGAAUAUCUUGUUGAGAUGGCUGUUACCGCUCAAAUUGAUUCGUGUAUUUAUCACAACUCGCCUGAUCCUUUAUCAAUUUACCGGGAUCAUAAAUGUGGACGAGACCAGAUUCCUACCGAGACAAAUCAGAUUUUGGUGGGCCACAAGAAUGAAGUUUGGUUUGUGCAAUUCUCCAACAAUGGGGAGUACUUGGCAUCAUCUUCAAGUGAUUGCACAGCUAUCAUUUGGAAGGUACUAGAAGAUGGUAAUCUCAUCUUGAAGCACACUCUAAGAAGCCAUCAAAAGCCUGUAUCUUUUGUGGCAUGGAGCCCAAAUGACUCGAUGUUAUUGACGUGUGGGAAUAUGGAAGUCCUUAAACUAUGGGAUGUGGAAACUGGCACGUGCAAGCAUACAUUUGGAAACCACGAGUUUACGGUUAGCUCAUGUGCUUGGUUCCCUGAUUCAAAAAGGCUAGUUUGUGGAAGUUCUGAUGAGGAAAAAGGCAUCUACAUGUGGGACUGUGAAGGGAAUGAGAUAAGGUCUUGGAAAGGGACUAGAAUGCCUAAGGUUCUAGAUCUUGCAGUCACACCUAAUGGGGAAUAUCUUAUAAGUGUCUUUUCGGGUAUCGAAAUUCGGAUACUUAACACGAAGACCAAUUCUGAGCGGGUCAUUUCCGAGGAGCGCAUAACGUCCCUUUCUAUAUCUGCCGACAGCCGUUUCUUCCUUGUUAACCUUAACAGUCAGGAGAUCCAUAUGUGGGAUGUUGCUGGGAAAUGGGAAAAACCGGUCAAGUAUAGAGGCCACAAGCAACAAAAUUAUGUUAUUCGCUCGUGCUUUGGUGGGUUGAACAGCUCGUUUAUUGCAAGUGGCAGUGAGGAUUCACAGGUCUACAUUUGGAACUGUAAAUUUCCAGAGCCAAUAGAGAUUUUGUCUGGGCAUUUGGCAACAGUGAAUUCUGUCAGCUGGAAUCCGAAAAGGCCAAGGAUGUUAGCUUCGGGAAGCGAUGAUCAAACAAUUCGCAUAUGGGGGGGACCUAGCAGCAGUUCCAGAAGCUCGGCCUGAGGAAAUCCGAGGAAACUCUUUGUGUACAUAUAAAACAUUCUUUUAUAGUCUUUGUUCAGUGCGGUCGCACAUUAUGUGGCUCUAACUUUGCUCCUUGCCACCAAAUUUUGGGUGUUUUUGAUCUGUUCUGGAUCGCCAUUUGUUUUUCCACAAGUUCUGAAUACAUUUUUGUUAUGCAUUUUCGUGAACAUACUAGCUUAGAUGAUGUAAAAAUCAUUUCCCAUACUUCAGGAGAAGUUGAAUAUUUGUUCAUCUUCACAUCAAUUUGAACUGAAGAUUAAAUU